AUGGAGGGGGGCGUGCGGCUGCGCGCGGGGGCCUCCAAGCGGGACGUCCGGGAGAAGGUGUGGGACUACCUGGAGGCCAGCGGCCUGGCCGAUUUCCCGCGGCCGGUGCACCGCCGCAUCCCCAACUUCAAGGGAUCUCACCAGGCUUGCUGCUCUAUUAAAGAGCUGGAUGUGUUCAACAGAGCACGUGAGAUUAAAGUGGAUCCUGACAAACCUCUAGAAGGUGUUCGGCUAGCUGCGCUGCAGGCAAGGAAGACUUUGUUGGUUCCCACACCACGUCUGAGAACUGGGCUGUUCAAUAAGAUUGUUCCACCUUCAGGUGCAACUAAGGAGAUCCUGCGAAUAUGUGCUACGUCUCAAGGUAUAAAAGAAUACAGUGUGCCUGUAGGUCUUGAUGGGAAAGCACGAGUGGACUUGGUUGUUGUAGGAUCAGUGGCUGUCUCUGAAAAAGGCUGGAGAAUUGGAAAAGGGGAAGGUUAUGCAGACAUGGAAUAUGCAAUGAUGGUGUCAAUGGGUGCAGUGCAGGAGGAUACACCUGUAGUUACUAUUGUGCAUGACUGUCAGGUGGUUGACAUAGCAGAAGAGCUUCUUGAUGAUCAUGAUUUAACUGUGGAUUAUAUACUCACUCCAACAAGAACUAUCAAGACUAAUUGCAAACGACCGAAACCUCAGGGAAUAAUAUGGCAUAAGGUCAGCUAUGAGAUGCUGGGAAAAAUUCCCAUCCUGAAGAGUCUUCGAUACAGAGAGAAGCAGACUGGCAAGGAUGUUACCCUCCUAGGUGAACAUUCGGACUUGGCAAAUGCCAACACACCAGCGGCGUUAAAUGAGAAGGCGAUGGCUGAAAAUACAAGACCGCAGGAUGCUACGGGCUCAGCUCAAAUAGGACAACAUUAUGUUGAAAGUGAUUCUUUAAGUCCCAGAUUAGAGGGAUCUGGCAUGAUUACUACUGUGUAUGUGGGGAACAUACCUCCCAGCGUAAGAGUGAGCGAGCUGAAAUGUGCUUUGAGGGAAUUCCACGCAGCUCCUUUACGACUGAAUUGGCAAGGAGCGCAGCACAGGGCUUUUCUUGAUUACAAGGAUAAAGCAACCGCAGAGUGCGCUGUAUCCUCUUUGAAAGGCUUGAGCCUCGGGGGUAAUACUUUGCGAGUUGAGCUGGCCAAGAAUCAGAGAAACAAAGGGCAAGUAGAAAUCAAUAGUCAGAAAUGAAUAUGAAUAGAGGAAAAAUAUAUGCAUGUUUUCAUUGUUUUGUGAGAAGCCAACCUAAAUUUUCAAGGAUAUUAGUAUAUCCUCUGAUUUCUGCAGGCUAAACAACGAAGUGUGAAGCCAACUUUUCAAACAAAUGAGGCAUACAUCUCACAGCUGACUUGCCGGCCUCAUUCUUGCAGUUGUACAUGCACAGUCUAUUUGUCAAGACAGAUGACAGAGGGCCCAUUUCUCUAAACAGUUAUCCACAAAGUACCCACACUCUGUGUAUUUGGUUUUCAUUGGCCGUGGGUUGAGUUGCUGUUCGGUGUGUACAUUUGUUAGGCCUGGAUCAAAAACCUGCCCCUUGGUAGCUGUGUGCAGCCACAUGUAGCGAGGUGGUUAUGUUCUGUCAUCUAAAGGUUGUACCUUCAAAUUUGUACUCGUGAGCUUAAAAGCCAGCUGCAGAAAAUCUGUCUUAAGGGUUACAAUUCUGUUUACUAAAAAAUGGGGUUUGUCUGUUGGGAGUUUUCAGCAUAUUUUUCAUAAAAAUGGCCGGGGGGAGAGAUUGCCCUUUUUGUGCUCUUGAAGAACGGCUGUGGAAACACUGUCUUAGCCACUGAGUUCUAGUAAUAGCUGUUAACAUCAGGUGGAAGAGAUGGUAGCCCCUUUCUCAGCUUUGUUUUGUUAAUUCAGCCCUUUGUAAACCUUACAUUUCUUAUUUCGGUCUGGCAGAGGAAAGUGAAGACCAGUUUUCUCCUCUGCUUUUCCCCAGCACACUUCAGGUGCCUUUUUUGUGGAUGCAGAUAAUUAUGAAAUAGAUGCGUUUCCUGAUUGUCUUGUCUCUUA